GGAAAAGCAAAAACAGAGCUAUUAACAAUCUUCUCAAAUUCCUCAAGUUCAAACUGAAGAAAAAUGGAGAGAGAUUUCAUGGGGUUGACUGUGAAGCAAGAAGUUCUUGAAGAACCUAUAGAUCCAGCACCUUUAAGAAGUUCAGCGAUGCAGUGGUCAUUUUCGAACAACGUCACUGCUCAUCCUCAAUACCUCUCUUUCAAGAGUGCUCCAGAGGAUAAACCGAAAAUUGGUUUUGAUUCUCUUGCAUCAACUGGAUUGGUGACUAUAACCACAACUGAAGCUGUCGAUUCAAGCCAUCGGACAUACUCUGAUGUCACACAGAAAAAUAUGAUGCUUGAAAGACAAGGUGGAACACACUACACAACGACAACUUUCUCUCCUCAUCACUAUGAUGCACACUCUGUGCAUCGAUCUCACGGAGUCAGAGUGCUCCCACUUGCGAGCCCAACUAAUCAGAUUUCUGUAUCUAUGACUAUGCCUGGUCAUAAGUCUUUUAUUUCACCUGUUGGACAGAAUCUGAUAACUACUGUAAAUCAACUCCCUGGUGCGGGAGCUCUGGUUGCUAGCCCCAUUUCAGCUAUUCCCUCUAGCAGCACUGUUGUGGGCACCACUGAUUUAAGGGGUGCUCCCAAGACUCCCCCAGGUCCUGCCCAGUUGACCAUCUUUUAUGGUGGUUCUGUCUGUGUUUAUGACAAUGUUUCACCAGAGAAGGCUCAAGCUAUUAUGUUACUUGCUGGAAAUGCACCACCUGUUGCACCAAAUGCAACAUCUACUCUUUCUCCAGUUCAGGCGCCUAUACCUAAGUCCUUGGCCAUUGACCCUUUUGUUGUAAAUCAGUGCCGUAAUACAACACCUACACUUGCCAGCCCCAUUUCUAUAACAUCCCAUGGUGGCACGCAAUCUGCCAGAGUGUCUAGAAAUACAAAUGGAGUAACUAUUAUCAAAUCAAUAGGAGUUCUUCCAUCUCCUUCUCUUAAAGCAGAGCCUUCCAAAGUUGCCAGUUCCAUAGGAUCUUUUCCUGCCUCCCUCGUUCCAUCAGCUGUGCCUCAGGCACGCAAGGCAUCAUUGGCUCGAUUCUUGGAGAAGCGCAAGGAGAGGGUAAUAAGUGCAUCACCUUAUCCUCCCAACAGCAAGCAAUCCCCAGAAUGUAGCACUCCUGAACUUGGAAGUAGAAGCCUCUCUAUGAAUUCUUCAGGCUCUUGUCCUCCCCACAUAAUCAAUUUGGUCAAGUAGACGAUGCACUGCCAAAGGCGGCAAAAUAAUGUAGACACAAAAUGAAAGAGUGUACUAGAAGUAUUAUUUUGAACUAUUAAAUCGCGUUCGUUUUGACCUCAAUACUUUAAAAAGUUUUUUCUUAGAUACAAUUACUCUAGGUUGUU